UUUCGGGCUUUGUUUUGUGGAUGUGAAUGAGCUCCAUCACCUCCUUCAGAAAUGUGGACGGAUAUAAGGACAUUGAUACUUUUUCAUUCGUUAGUCCUGAGGCUUCAUUUCUCGGAAGCCACGGAUGAGUGUGAGGAUGGACAAUUUCAGUGCAACAACAAAAGGUGUAUACCGACCAUCUGGAGGUGCGACGACGAUGACGACUGCUCAGACAACAGUGAUGAAGAAAACUGUCCCAGGAAGACAUGUGCCCCCGCAGAGUUCGCCUGCUUAAAUGGCCAGUGUGUCCCGGGACGCUGGCGAUGCGACGGGGAACCAGAGUGUCCCGAUGGCUCUGAUGAGGCGGAGGAGACCUGCAGCAAACAGACGUGCCCUCCAGAGAAAUUUGACUGUGGGGGAUCCACCAACAAGUGUGUCUCGUUGUCAUGGAGAUGUGAUGGGGAGAAGGAUUGCGAGAACGGGGCGGACGAGGAGGACUGCGCGUCUGAUGCCAAAGCCUGCCCGAGCGGUGAGUUCAUGUGUGCCAACCGCAAGUGCUUGGCCAGCGUCUACGUGUGCGACGGUGACGACGACUGCGGAGACGGCAGCGAUGAGCUCAAGUGUGCGUCCCCUCUGACCUGCGGGCCCAACCAUCUCCGCUGUAACACCUCGGAGUGUGUGCCACUCAUGUGGAGCUGCGACGGGGACCCCGACUGCUCCGACAGUUCGGACGAGGGGCCGGAGCGCUGCGGCGGCGACGGGGUCCCGUACCUGCCUAACCGCCGGACAAACUGCACGAAUGAGGAGUUUCGCUGUGCCAACGGGGAGUGUGUGCGGCUGACCUGGAAGUGUGAUGGAGAUCCAGACUGCAAGGACAAGUCUGAUGAGUCUGACUGCCCCCUGCUGACGUGUCGCCCCGAUGAGUUCCAGUGCGGAGAUGGUUCCUGCAUCCACGGCACCAAGCAGUGUAACAAGGUCCAUGACUGUCUUGACCACAGCGACGAAUCUGGCUGCGUCAACGCCACCAGAUGUGAGGGCCCCCGGAAGUUCCUGUGUAAGAACGGAGAGUGUAUCGAUAGCUCCAAGGUGUGCGACUCUGUCAAAGACUGCAAGGACCGAUCAGACGAGCCCAAGAAGGAGUGCGGGCUCAAUGAGUGUAUGAUCAACAACGGCGGCUGCUCCCAUGUAUGUAUGGACCGACCAAUCGGCUUUGAGUGCCAGUGCCCCCCUGGCUACCAGCUACUGGACAAAAAGACUUGUGGUGACAUCGACGAGUGUGAGAACCCUGACGCUUGUAGCCAGAUCUGCAUCAACUACAAGGGGGAUUUUAAAUGUGAAUGCUAUGAAGGCUAUGAGAUGGACCCUGUUACCAAGACCUGCAAGGCAGAAGGGAAGAGUCCGUACUUGCUGUUCACCAACCGGCAUGAGAUCCGACGCAUCGACCUGGUGAAGAGGGACUACAGCCAGGUGGUGUCCACCCAGAAGAACGCUGUAGCUCUGGACCUGGACGUGGCCAACAACCGGGUCUUCUGGUGCGACCGCUUUCAUCGCAAAAUCUACAGUGCCUUCAUCCAUGAGGCCAGUGACCCCGCCCAGCAGGUGCCGCUGCUGGAUUCUCUCCUGCAGACCCCCGUGGGUCUGGCUCUGGACUGGCUCCAACAUAACCUAUACUGGGCCGACUCCGGGGACAAAUCCAUCUCCGUGGCUUCAGUGGACGCCACCAAGAGACGCGUCCUCAUCAACACCGACCUGAGUGAACCCCGGGCCAUAGCGCUGGAUCCUCACCACGGCUUCAUGUACUGGUCAGACUGGGGCACGCGAGCCAAGAUAGAGAAGGCCGGGAUGAAUGGAGUGGACCGACAGGUGCUGGUGGCUGAUAACAUUGAAUGGCCCAAUGGCAUCACUCUCGAUGUAGCCAACAAGCGUCUGUACUGGGUGGACUCCAAGCUGCACCUUAUAGCCAGCGUGGACCUGAACGGAGCUCACCGCAGAACACACAUGUCGUCCGCAGAGAGACUGGGACACCCCUACGCUCUGGCUGUUUUUGAGGAUCGUAUCUACUGGACAGACAGAGACAAGGCGGCGGUCUUCAUGGCCAACAGGCUGACCGGUCAAGACGUCCACACGCUGGCUGAAAACCUCAACGACCCCCAUGACAUUGUGGUCUUCCACCAGCUCCGCCAGCCGCAAGGACCAGACAGCUGUAAUCUGGGCAGUGUGGCCAAUGGAGGUUGUGACUACUUGUGUCUUAAGGCUCCACAGAUUACCGAACACUCGCCCAAAUACACCUGCGCCUGCCCCGACGGGCAGGACCUGGGGCCUGAUAUGAGAGGCUGUGUGCCAGCAGCACCACAAAACGACAUGACACCGACAUCCUCACCUGCUACUGAGUUUACACCUGGCACCAGAACUGUUGCGGAAGACUUCCCACCACCCUCGGGGGGAGUAUCUCAGGCUGACGCCACCCCCCACUUGACCACAGCUCCCUCGGGUGCCCCCGAGCCCCUCACACCUCUCUCCACUCUUAAGCCUUUGUCGUCAAAAGAGUCAAAGGCACUGGGCUCCCACUCCACCGCUACCACUAUGGUCAUCUCCACCACACCAGGGGGGGACAGCAGCGUCUCUCAACACUCUGGAAGCGAGCAUUUCCUCCUGGGCGAGAACCUGACAGUGGCUGUUUUGGGAGUGGUCAUCCCCAUCGUUCCUAUCGUUGCCACAGUGGUGUUCGGCCUGGUGUGCGCCGGAGUCUACAUGGUUUGGCGCAACUGGCGGACCAACUCCACCAAGAGCAUGAACUUCGACAACCCCGUCUACCGCAAGACCACUGGCGAGGGCGAGGAGGACGAGAUCCACAUCGGGCGGACGGACGGCAUGGGACACCACACGCACCACCACCCGUACCCGCCGGGCGUCAACAUGGGAGUCGUAGGAGCAGGAGGUGGCACCUGCCCGCAAUUCAUCGCCCUGCCACUCGGGGGCAGCAUGCCUGAUCCAGGGACUCACUGGUACACGGAGCAGCCCAUGCUCUCUACCGCUAAGUGACCCACGACUACAGAUUCAGGGGAAGAUGGCCGCUCAGGCACACGCGCACACAGUGAGGUGACUUGGACUGAGUUUGCUGAAGGUACGAGCAACAUAUCAUCCAGUGUUACGUGCAGCCAUUCACAGCCAUGUCCUAUGCCAAAUUCCAUUUGAAUUAAUAAGACUAACAUGAUUCUAUAAAAAAAAUGUUUCAUACCUUUUCUGUGCUGGAGCUGGAACUACUUUUUCUCCAGUAAAUGCUGAGAAUUAAUUACAGAAUUAUAAUUGUGUUGUAACGUGUUCCCAACAUUGACCUGAACUGCAAUAUGAAGUCAGACUGGUUUAUCUUUUUGAGUCUUUUGAAUUGACAAGUGAGGUGUGUGCUGUGUGUCUUAUAUUUUGUGACCUGGCUACUGAGUGGUUCUGUUUCGUACUUGACUUUUUCAAUUUGAGCUUUGUGUUAUUCCUGGUGAGCUCUGGAAACUCUGUUUAGGAAGGAGGCACUCUGAAACUGAUACAGCAUCUGCGUUGAUGGGACAAUCUGUACAGAUUCAUGUUAGAAUCAAUCACAAAUGUCAUCAAACGUCAUUACUGGAGCUGUCUUUUGUAGUUUUCCUGGAGCGGUUUUCUUUUGUAAGAUUUUUCCAUUUCGAAGAAAGGUUACCACCCACAGUACGUGCUUUUCUCUCUGGUUCAGAGGCAAGCUUUUAAGGGGGAGUUGUCUAACAUUUCAGAGUACAGUUGAACAACAUUGAUUUGAGAAGAAUUUUGGGAGUGCAGCAGGUUUGCGGAUUGGAAAGAAGACAGAACAGCAUUGAGACGCAUGAGGAGAGAGAAUUUGCAGUUAAAGGGAAAUGGAUUUUCCGCCUAAGUUCUUUCUUAUUGUGACUCGUUUAUAUGUUAAAUUGUUUGAGAAAAGCAAUAGACUCCAGCUUUUAGUCAGGCCGCAGUUUUUACGUGGUUGACCAAAACCCUUGAGUGUUAACAUUUUUAUUUGAUUACUUGCUUUUGACUUUGACAAAUGCCCACAUAAAUACACAUGGGGUGCAAUGAUAGCAAAUCCACGCUGCUCUCAGGAGGACUGAGACAAUGUGCACUUGCCCUCCCAAAACACAAACAGCAUGCAUAAUUGCUCACCAGCUGACAAUGCAGCCAUUCAUUGUUCCAGGCAAGACACACACACACACACACACACACACAUGAAUGCACGCACACAUUCACAAAAGCAAUCUGGAUUCCAUAAACCGCUCCCCUCCUCCCUCUGAGAUGGCCGAUAUCUGAGCAGACAGUUUUGGAUAGAGCCAUGUGGGAGUGCCCAGCUGGUGGCUGCCUGAUGAAAAAGACCCGUCAUGUGAUAUAACCACAGAAAACUCAAAUCUGACUCUGAUGUAACGAGGUGGAGACUAAGUUGUCCCAUCAGUGAACAUGUUUCAUCCUGGUUUAGUUACGUCAUUAACACUGUUACUUCAUUCAUAAACCUUAAAUGUCUGUGUGGGUGAGUGUGUGUGUGUGUGUGUGUGUGUGUGUGUGUGUGUGUGUGUGUGUGUGUGUGUGUGUGUGUGUGUGUAUGUGUGUGAGUGUGUGUUCAUUUUUAUGCAUGUGAGUGCUAACGUUCAUCCCACAGCCAUAUUUGAACCGUUUUGUAUGCUCUCUGUUGCACAACCCUCUUAGAAUGCCUUCUGUAUUGUGUAUUGCAUGGAAGAAACCAGUGUGUGAAGGUGUGUGUGGAUACACAGGUGUGUAAGUGCGUGUGCGUGUGUGUGUGUGUGUGUAGUGAGUGACAGUGUGUGACACUGGAGAAGAGGGUGCUUUUUGAUUCAUUGAUUUGUAAAUAUGUUUUCAUAAGGUUUUUGAUAAUGUAUUAUACAAUUAUGUAAAAGAGACGAUGUACAUAAGAUUUUAGAUAAAGUGUCGACAGGUAUAUUAAUUUAUUUGUAUAAAAGGAGAGCACUGCAUUCCCUGAUUGUAAGAAAUCUGAAUUAUCCACCAAAGUGGUUUGUGUUGUUUCUUGCUGUGCACCAUUUAGCGUCCUCUUUUGUGUGCAACCCUUUUUUUCUUUGUUAGCCCACGUAAAACACGGUGUCCAAUUCCCCAAAACCUCGGUGUUAAUGAGAUGAUUGCUUUUUUUUUAUUUGUGCCUUUCUGUUUACUUUUUCAUUCUCCUGUAGUAUUUUUCAUGAAAAGGACAGGGGUCAGCCAACUACUGUACAUGCAAAGAUAAACUGUGUAUGAAGACCAAACUGGUUCCACUUUUUGAUUUUCUGUAAUGGAUUACUUUUGAAUAUCUCUAUAUAUUGAUAUAUAAAAUCUGAUUGAAAAUUUC